UCAACUUCGAGGCACGUAGAGACUGGCAGGUCACGGCACUGACAGAUUCGGUUGUCGACAAUAUCACGCCUUCGCUCCCCCAUUGCCUGCCCGGCUUCAUUCGCUGGAGAGUUGGCGACCCUAAGCUGGCUGAAGCACGCACGUGCUCUAUUUAGGCCCUGAAAUGAAGGCAUUGCCAGAUGCGUGGGUCGGCUCUCAAUAUAAUCUCGCUCCAUGGGCGCCGGCUUGAUCAGUAGACAUUAGUAGUGCUUUCGGUUAUCUUAUAGUCAAUGAGAUGGAAACUCCUUGGUUUCCGUUUUCCGCACACAGCACCUCGAGCCAGCUUCUUUUUUCUUUCUUGAUAACUUGCUUCUUCCAGUGAAUGCUCUUCAGCAUGCCACUUCCCCUUUUCAUUUUCUUAUUGACAGGUAGCCCGUGAUAAGCUCAAUCUUCGUUGCAGUUUUGGUUUUCGUUUCGUUUGUUACGGUCAUCAUGAUGGUGGGGGUGCCGCAACUGUCGUGUCGACGCACGCACAGGUUUUGACACGGAGGGAUGUUUUCCGGGAAGAAAGUAAGCGAUUAAUAUACGUUUUUUUUACGCGAAGGAUUGUCGUCUCGCCUUUGUGACGAGUCAACGAGAGCGAAGGUGCCUUCAACGCAAUCGCGACUUUUGUCUUAUCACAGGGCUGCCACACUGCGGUACACGCCACGCUUUGAUUGCGCAGCUCGCAGCCUCCAAGCAGCGGUAGUGCGCCGUCGCGAUGAAUGAGCGAGACGGGGGUGUCACACAAACGCGAAUUCCUCUGCCGCAAGUCCUUUACGACGACGCGUCGUUCGAACCUGCGCAGCACUGCCGUUUCUCCUGUUCGCAGUAAACGGAUAGACUCGCUUGAAGAAGGGCACGACCCCGAGGACAAUUUCCAGUGAUCGCUGCAGUGUUGCGUGGCCAGUACGGCUAGAAGCGAUCGUUGAAACAGUGCCUGCGCCUCCAUUCUUCCUCGACGAGCCUAGAGCGAGAUGGCCGACGACUCUACGUGGCUGACGACGCGCACGCUGUUCGGCUUCGGCGGCGCCUUCGACUGGCGGCCCACGUCUUUCUUGGAGCCCCUGUCGCCCGAGAGAGUGUGUAGCUACUGCGGGCUCGUCAGCAAGUGGACGGCGCUGCUUCCCUGUUCUCACACUGCCUGCAGUCGCUGCUACAACAAAUUCGACCGAUGCGGUCGCACUUGCGUGCUGGACAGAUCGUCGUUCGCCGGCCGUCACGUCUACUGGGCCUCCUUUCCCGACGACCACCUCGCUGAGCUCAGUAUACGCUGCUGGAACGCUGAUAAGGGCUGUGACAUCGUCGGACCUGCGUUUUCUACAAUGGCGCAUUUCCAAAUUGAGUGCGAGUACCACGCGCUCGACUGCAAUUUCUGCGGCAAGACAGUACUGCUACGAGAGUUGGACCAGCACUUGGCAUCAAGCUGCCUUCAAACUUACCCGCUCAACUGUACGACGAAAGGCAACGUGGAUGCUCAACACGAAGCACCGAGUGAUUCCACAAGAAUGCCGUGCGAUUCAUCAAACUUCAAUGGGAACCGCCCCGUAACCGGACCGUCAUCGUAUGAAAAUGACACUGGUCAGCCUGUGGGAAAUGGGAUACCUAUAACGAAGGCACUUAGGAGACGCUUUCGCAAGAAGAAAAUCGUCCCUGUCGCCUAUAACUGUAACAAAGCAAGCUCCAAAAGUGUCCGCAACUCCGUGCGAGUGAUUGUAGUUGGCGACAAGGAGGGUGCUGCCCGUUCGGGCCAUGCGGACGACGUUGUUCGCGAAAGGCACUCCAUAGCCGCUGAGUCCUGCCCGCGCACGAACUGUGCUAGUGCGAAAAGAAAUGGGGAAGAGGUGAAACAGCUCGAGCAACGCGGCCUUUCAGCGAGCACCACUGGGGAAGAAAAUCCGCAUGUUGAUAGUUGUGACACCACCGACGGUGAUUUGUAUGCCAUCGGGGAGGCGUUGGGACACUUUCUUUGCUGCCGGUGGGAAAGCAUCCUGAGUGUGCACGGUCGGCACGAGGACUACGUUUACAGGCCAGGCUACGCGCCGCCUCGUUGGUGCACGGAUGCCGGAAGAGAAGCAACGGAUGUUAUAAACACCCCGACAACCACAUUGCUGACAAAUGGGGCAGAAAGUAGGCAAGUUCGGUCAACAUCCCCUGGAGACGAACCUGGCGAAGACGAGGAAGAGAAGCGUGGCUGUUCAGGAGUUAAAGAGGCGUCCAGCGCCGGCAGGGUGUCAAAUGAAAUCGCAAUGGACUGCAAUGGCAGCUUGCCCCCGUUUCCGCCGCCCUUACACCAGCACGUGAUGCACCGCAACCGUGAAAUAAACGGAGAAACAUUGAAGCAAUUCAUCGAUGACGUCAACGAAGAUGCCUCACCUGCGCUCACUUCGAGAUCGAAAACGGUUAGCAGGUUGCAGAUGACGAAGCAUGAGUAUUCGAACGGCUGGGAUCCGCAGUGCGAAGAGGCGGAGGAGACAUCGCGACACGCUAUUUGCAAUCGUGCUAAAGCACUCGAGGACUCCCAAGAUCGUAGUGCACAACGGGGACGAGUGACGGGUAAUUCUUUGACAUACGUCAUAGACAGCGACCUGCAAGGUGUCCAGAGAAUUUCGAAGCCUGUUCGCUGGAGCGUCGAAAAUUGGUCUGCUUUGAAAGCCAAAGCACUGGCCGAUGGCGUAGCCUACUCACGCUGCUCCAGAGAUACUUGCCCGUUCUACGGAUACAAAAUCACUCCCGCAUUGCUGAUUGAAAGUUCAGGGGAUUUACUUCUGGUGCGACUGGCUGUUUUUAUGCUCAAGGGAGCACACGACAAUACCCUGGUGUGGCCCAUCAAGAAAAAAAUGGUGUUGACCUUCAUGCACCCGUCGGACAAGAGCAGGAGGCUGACGCUGAAUGUGAACACGACCGUUGACGGAAGAAGUGAGGACUACAUGGCACCAAAGGAGAAUGAGACGGGCCCCAUAUUGAGCCCGGCAAGCAUUAUCGCGACGUACUUGGAGGAAAAGGGGCAUAUCGUGGAUGAUAAGGUAGGGUUGAAAUUUAGAGUCAUGGAGGUGCCCAGCAGCAAAUGACAAGACUGAAGGGACGAAUGCUUCGCAUGACUCAGCUUUUUGUGACUGAAUAAAGAGUGCUUUUAGCAAGAA